UUGGGACCGUAAAGGGGGAGGGGUCACUCAGUCCAGUUCUCAAAUAUAGUCAAUGGUUUAAUCCAUUAGUUUUUUGCUGUGACUUGUGCUGUGCUUGCGGCUUUGGGCCAGGAGGGGGCGCGCUUCUCCAGAGCUGCCUGGUCAUUGACGUCUCGUUCCAGUUUCCGUAACUCCACUUCCGCCUUUUCCUUCUCGCUCGCCGUCCGCCAGCGCCGGAUCCAUUUCGUCCAUUUCUUCCCGCUCAAAGCCGAGCUUGCUGCAGGGAGGAGCGAGCGGGGUGCAGUUGAGCCGAGCAUCACAGCCCGCAUUCAAGGAAACGGGCACACACAGCACUUUUCCCCGGACUUCACCUGAUGUUUUAGCGACCCCUCAACCGCCAGACUGCAACACAAACAAAGACAUACCCCACCGUAUGGAGGCCGCGUGCCUGUAAGGAACUGGGGACCUCAAAGCAGCCCGGCCGGGGAGACCCCCAUCAAUUGUUUCCUGCGCCAAGAACUGUAGAGACAUGGUCAUCCCCGCCGCAUCUGUGAUGAACGUCGGACAGUGAGGACCUGUCAGAGGAUGUGACUGUUCUGCAGGGUCCUGUGCUGAGUGAGGGAGGUCAACGCCGCCCAUCAUGUCUCAUCAUCCCUACCAGCGGGGUCCCCACGGCCGCACCCUGAGCUCCGAGGAGAGGAGCUCUAUACAACUAAACAAGAAUUCCACGCCAGUUCACAAGAGCGCCUCCUCCUCUUCCUCCUCCCAGCGCGACAGCCGGCAGGAGUCGGACAGCUGGGAAAUAAUCGAGGGGCUGAAAAUUGGUCAGAGUCACGUCCAGAGGCCGGACAAACACGAAGGGUUCAUGCUGAAGAAGCGGAAAUGGCCACUAAAAGGCUGGCAUAAGAGGUUUUUUGUUCUGGACAACGGUAUCCUGAAGUACUCCAAGUCCCCCAUUGAUAUACAAAAAGGAAAACUGCACGGCAGCAUUGAUGUCGGCCUAUCGGUCAUGUCCAUCAAAAAGAGGGCACGCCGCAUCGACCUGGACACGGAGGAGCACAUCUAUCACCUGAAGGUAAAGUCUCAAGACAUCUUUGACGCCUGGGUGUCCAAGCUGCGUCACCAUCGGCUCUAUCGGCAGAACGAGAUUGUGCGAUCUCCCCGCGACGCCACCAUGAGAACGUUCCCGCCCUCGGCUGCUAUGGAGUCCCCCCAAUCUGCCCCGACCGUCGUAAAAGAGGCAAAGCAGGCCAAGCCAAGCGGCUUGCCGUGGCAGCCGGCAGCCCCCAGCAGCAGCAGCAGCAGCAGCCUGCCGGCCUCCUACAGCAACGGGCAGAGCAAAGUGGCAGCUUGGCUGCAGGACUCAGAGGAGAUGGAUAAGUGUGCCGAGGAGCUCGCUCGCUGUCAGUCCAAUCUGACGGAGCUAAGCCGGUUACUGCAGAGUUUGGAGAUUCUGCAGAGGACGCAGUCUGCGCCCAACUUCACAGAUAUGCAGGCCAAUUGUGUAGAAUUGUCGAAGAAAGAAAAGCGCUUGAACAGAAGAUGGAGAACAAAAAGUGUCGCCAAAGAUGCAAAAUUCCAGCUUCAGGUUCCUCUGUCUGCCAGCAUGUCUCCUGUCCGUCUCCACUCGUCCAACCCAAACCUCUGCGCCGAGCUGGUGGAUUAUCAACCGCCGGUGUCUUGCUUGUCAGACAACAUGGAGUAUGCCAGUGACUAUAUUAAACUGCAGGAGGAGUUCUGCACUAUUGCCCAAAAAGUCCACUCGCUCCUGAAGUCGGCCUUCAACACGGUGGCCAUAGAGAAAGAAAAGAUCAAGCAGAUUCUGUCUGAGCAGGAGCAGUCGGACCAGGCGUCCCAGAUCAACUCUCUCAGGAAGUCUCUGUCACAGGCUUUGUCCCAAAAUGCAGAGCUUCGAACUCGCCUUAGCCGUAUCCACUCGGAGUCUGUUUUGACUGAACAAGUAGUGAGUGUGAACAUCAUCUCCACGCCUGAUGAGGCCGUGGAACAGAUGGGGAUCCCUCUGACUCAGCAGGCCUCUAAUGAAAGCCGGCUCUCCAUGUCAGAGUCUGUCUCGGAGUUCUUUGAUGCGCAGGAAGUGCUUCUGUCAGCCAGCUCGUCGGAGAACGAGGGCUCCGAUGAUGAGUCAUACGUCAGCGAUGUGAGCGAUAACAUUUCAGAGGACAACGCCAGCGUGACCGAUAACGUCUCCAGACAGAUGGCCAAUGGAGACUUUGCGGGCAGCUCCUUCCGUAACGGCCGGCGGACCUACCUGCCAGCUCCCUGUCCCGACACCAGCAACAUCAACCUCUGGAACAUCUUAAGAAACAACAUCGGAAAGGACUUGUCCAAAGUGUCCAUGCCUGUGGAGCUCAACGAGCCCCUGAACACCCUGCAGCGCAUGUGUGAGGAGCUGGAGUACAGCGAGCUGCUGGACAAGGCCGCCGAGACGGAGGACCCCUUCGAGCGCAUGGUCCUCAUCGCUGCUUUUGCCGUCUCAGGCUACUCGUCCACUUACUACCGAGCAGGAAGUAAGCCAUUCAACCCGCUGCUGGGAGAGACGUACGAAUGUAUCCGAGAGGACAAGGGCUUCUGCUUUUUCUCAGAGCAAGUGAGUCACCACCCCCCCAUCUCCGCCUGCCACUGUGAGUCGAAGAACUUCACCUUCUGGCAAGAUGUGAGAUGGAAAAACAAGUUCUGGGGGAAAUCGAUGGAGAUUUUACCGAUGGGAUCUGUAAAUGUCAUGAUUCCCAGGUUUGGAGAUCACUAUGAAUGGAAUAAAGUCACCACCUGUGUACACAACAUCCUGAGUGGACGGCGGUGGAUCGAACAUUACGGAGAGAUUACGAUCAGAAACACAAAGAGCAGCGCCUGCCUCUGUAAACUAACCUUUGUUAAGGGGAACUACUGGAGCUCCAACGUGAACGAGGUUCAAGGGUUUGUGAUGGAUCAGGAGGGGAAAGUGAUCCACAGGCUCUUUGGAAAGUGGCACGAGGGUCUUUACUGCGGCGUCCCGCCCUCGGCCAAAUGCAUCUGGAGACCAGGUUCCAUGCCUACAGACUAUGAAAUGUACUACGGCUUCACCAGAUUCGCCAUCGAGCUGAACGAGCUUUGUCCUGAGCUGAAGGACGUCCUGCCUCGCACAGAUGCCAGAUUCAGACCCGAUCAAAGGUAUUUGGAGGAAGGAAACUUGGAGAUGGCAGCAUCAGAGAAGCAGCGCAUUGAGGAAGGACAGAGGCUGAGGAGGAAGUGGAAUGAGGAGAACAACAUCAAACACGAACCGCGCUUCUUCAAGAAAGUGAUGGAUACCAACCACAGGGAAAGAUGGGUCUCCAACAACACCUACUGGGAGCUCCGCAAAAACCCCGGCUUCAUCAACAUGGAACCCACUGUGAACCUGUGGUAGCACGCGGACCGCCAUCGCCGCAGACGAGCGUCACCUAUGCACAACAAGGGGUCGGGACGGAACACCUGCCUGUGAAAUGUCCGUGUGCAUGGAUAUGACAGACUGAGCAGCCAGCGACCCGGCCGAGGUUCUAAAGGCAGAACUACUAAAAUUGGGUUGUCGGGGCAACGGUCGGAGUACCCCCAUGUAGAUCUUUUGACCUUUGAGCUUGUCCUUGCCUUAAAAAGACCCCCGAACAAGCCGCAGCAUUAGGCGCCUUUUAGUUGAAGCCAUCGGAUCUCCAGCAGCAGCAGCAGUUUGGUUAGAGUAGUUUUUAUUUCCUACAAUAUUGUGCAUGUUUAGAGAGAAGCUUUCACCGGCUCGAGCCGUUAUUUACUGUAUCAUCAAAAACUGUAGUAAAGAAGAGGUAUUUUUAUAAAAUAUCUGGACUUUAGCGAAAGAGAGCAUUAUGUGAACUGGCAGAUUUCAUUUAUUUUUGCCUUUUUAUUACUGUUGAAUCUGUGAGUUGGAGGUUUUCUCAACUGGAGAACGACUCAUUCGAAGAUGAACGCAGUCGGCAUUUUUAAUGAUUCAUUUUCAAUAGCGGCUAAAGGCGAACUGAUCGAAACCUAACGCACAGAAUGCCAUGCAAACACCCCCUCAACCAUCUCCUCUGAGUCACAAACACACAAACCUUCUGUUUGUUAUUUAAAAAAAAGAUGUGUUUAAGGCGAAGAAGUUAUUAGAAAUGUUUUCUCUGCCGUUGGCCCAUCCCUUGGGGGAGUGGUGAGCUGCAGACACUGCCGCGUUUGUGAACGAUUUGGUAGUUUAGCCCCCCCAAUCUAACCCUUUGAGUCAUUGGUCGUGGAUUUAGAUCCAGUCUCAGGGCGGACACUCUACCACUAGGCCACAAAGUUGGAGAAAAAUCCUCGAUUGCAAAAUUUUACCAUUCGAAUUUGUGGUUCUUUACCUAUUUUAGAAGAAAGAGGUAUUUAAAAACUGCAAAAACGGAACAGAAAAUAUAAAGUAAGCACUGAACAGAAAUAUUAUAUAUAUAUAUAUUGUUGCUUUAAGUAACUUUGCCUUAUUGGAAAUUUUAAAAUGACUCAAAAUUCUAGAAAAUCUUCUAAAGUAUUAAAACAUAGACAAAAGAACUAUAACAUUAUUUUUUUUAAGAAAAAAGUAAAAUUUUCAUAAAAGAACCCUCAAAAACAGAAGUACCUCAUUCAAUCAAUUAAAGUCUUACUUGUUUUAUUUUUCUUCUUAUUAUUUAUUCAAAUUAUGUCCUUUCUGAGUCACCGGAGACACCUGCUGGUCACCUUUAAAACUGCAGGAGAGUUUUCCCAUCAUGUGCAUCAACUCCAAUCAAGAACCUUUGCAAACCACCAGGUAGCGGUUUGAAAAUGUGUAUAUUUAUUGCAAAGCAGUUAAGCUUUAAUGUUUUUCAAAGUAAAAAAUAGUCAUUUUUUAUGUUCUGCAGGGUCAGGACACUGAAGGACAAAAAAAAACAUACUGUGUGAAGCAGAUUUAUCUUGUGUUUUCAUACGGUACUGCAAACCAAAAAAAUAUAUAUAUAACUACUUCUUUGCAUCUUCAAUCCUACUCAUUUCCUAAAAAUUCUUGUGCACAUGAAAUUUUAAUUUAGCAGAAGACAAACGCUCCAACUCUUCAGUUUCAAUCGCUGUGCCUUAAUGCAUUUAACAAUGCCUCACCUACACACAACUGAAGGGAACCCCUCACCGAGAAUAUGAAAGAAAAUCAUCAUUAACUCCCCACCUGCAGACACGAUGAUUGAGGACUUAUGGACAGGACUGUCUCCUGAAGGUUUAUUCUUAUUAUUAACCUGCUUGCAGAGUUGAAAAAGUGACUAAACCAUCGCCGCUGGACGUGGAGGGAAGAAGCUGCGCUUUGCUUAGUGUCAGUAACAUAAAACGUAGUGGAGGGAAAAGACAACCUCACGCUCUCUUCAGCCAUCAUUCCACCUGCAUGUCUAGACAACUUAGCUUGCCAAUGAAUGUUUGCAAAGCCUUAUGGGAAAACAAAUUAAAAAAAAUGUUUUUGUUUUAAAAAAUUGGGCACUUUUUCUUUGAACUGAAGCACUAUGUCAGCUGACUUUCAUUUGUUUCCUGAUGGAUCCCCUCUAAAGUGCAAUUUUAAUAAAGAACAUAUCUUUCCAUGAACACGGUACACUGCUGCUGCAUAGUGCUUGUUCUAAUAAAAGAGCAAAACUGG